UUGGAGCCCCCGCCUCGAGUUCUCACUGCGGGCUCGUUCAUGGCCUCUGCGGCUGGCGAAGCGCCGCCAGGGCCCUGCCGAGGGGAGAUCGGGCUGCAGUUCUGGGUGGAAGCCUUGCAGCUGGUUCCCGGCUUGCUGGCUCCCGCUGUGCUGCUGGGGGUCGCCUUGGGCGUCGGCGCCGCGCUCCUGCUGUGCUUCUAUGUGAUCGGGCCUCUUCUGCAAAACAAGAAAGAUGAUUCCCACAGGCUUCUGGAAAGCUUUCACUCGGAUGUGCGCGGACAUCUUGAUGAAAAUGUACCCUUACCCAGAAAGAAGAAAACAGAAACUCAAAUGUCAGAGGAGGAAAUGGUACUGGAAGGAAAUGAGUCUUCUUUGAACAGUAACAUCACAGCAUUUGCACUAAAAGCAAAAGUCGUCUAUCCAAUCAAUCAAAAAUUUAGGCCCCUGGCAGAUGGAUCAUCCAAUCCAUCUUUGCAUGAGAAUCCAAAGCAGGCUGUUCUGCCUAAUCAGAUAAUGGAAACGUCUACUUCAAGCAGCCUUGGAUCCCUGAGUCAUGGAGACAAGGAGGACUGUAGUUCAUCUACAACAAUACAUUCUGCAACUAGUGAUGACAGAUUUCAGGACCGAGCCUUCCUGAAGGUGACCUGCUUCCCUGAAGUUCUGACUUGUGAGAGUUUUGAUGUUAAACUGUGCCUGUAUAGUCUUCUUUUGAAAGAAUUGCUGCUUCUUGAUACUGAACUAAGAAGGGAAAAACAGGUGGUAUUUAUUCAGGUUCUCAGAACAUACCUCUUCGAUUUUUACCAUAAAAAGAAGAUUACUGAAGAUUUGUACCAAAAGAUUAUUUUGACGCAAGAAACUGAUUUGGAAGAGUUACAGAAACAACUUACCUCCAGACUACUGAGUACUGAAAUGUCGGGCGCUCGUAAUUCAGACUACCAGACCUUAGAAGACUUAGAAAGGAAAGAGAGGGAAUAUUCUGAACAUAUCAUAGAUAAUAUGGAAGCUUUCUGGAAGCAGGCAGACAAAGCCGAGCAGUUUCUCCUGAACCAAUCAAAUUGCUCAAGUGCCAAAAGAGGAAAGAUAAUGAUGAAUCUGACUGAGAGAAUGAUUGCAGUAGAAGGGUUAUUAAGCCAGUCUCAGGAUUUGCAAGCAAUGGACAUUCAGGAAAGAAUAUUUAAUUGGGAGCUAAUGGUGAAAAUGGUUGAUUUUUUGAAGACAAGGAUACAAGAAGAAAGUAAAUGUAGACUAGAUGCUGUAGCUGGCAUGUUGGACCAGUUAACUGUAAAGAGCAACCUCUCUCUUUCGCAGAAGGAAGAGCUUUUAACAGGCCUGCACAAGGCCUUCUGGGAGCAAGUAGCACAUUACAAUAAUGAAUGUGUCCAACAAGGUAAAGACCUAAUCAUGAAACUCCUGGCAUGUCGUACAAGGAAGAUAAGAGAGCUCAAACAAGCUCAGAAGGAUGAACAAGGGGAUCUGCUCAGUAAAGCUCAGAAAAUAGGGGAACUUGAUGAGUUUCUGAAGGCCUGCCAUGAAAUGUUAGAGAAGCAGAGACAGACACUGUAUGAUCUGGAAGAAGAGGAUGACUGCCAAAGCACUGAGGCCGUUGCAGAGCUCCAUCAGGAACUGUGUUCUGGAACUUCCUAUGCUUUAGAGGAGUUGGUGCAAGAGUUAUUUCUUCAGACUCUUCCUACCAAGACUGGUCUGUCUUUAAGAGAAUGUGAACUUCUAAAAGAAGAAUGUCAGGAGAAUUUGAUCCUUCAGUUAGAGAAAUGGGACAGCUGUAGACAAAAGCAGUGGAAGCUCUUCCAAGAACAACUGCAACAAGAAAGACAGCUAUGGACCAAGGAGUAUGCUCUGUCUGCUGUGAUGCAAAAACACCUGUCUGAGAAACAUGAGAAGAUUAUCCAAGGUGUUUUAAGCCGAUUAGGUGGCCUCAGUGAGGAGUCUGCUAAAUACAUAUUUCGGAAACACAGGCUCUUGCUGUGUUCGGUUCUCAGAAGGUUAGCUGUCCGAAACGUCGCUAUGGCUACUCUGACUCACAUGAAAAUGUCCCAGAAGAAAAGCUUGCUUCAGGAGCUAAGAGAACAACAUACUCUGCAAAAGAGUUCCUCACACUGUCAAGAUGAACACCAGUGGCAACUACAGAACGCAAUGGAAUCUCACAUUCUGGAAGAAGAGGAGAAGCUGGAGGAGGAAACUCAACAAACACGUUUGGAAUUUCAUCAGCAGUUAGUUGCAGAAAUCCAAGAAGCUCUUCAGCUUGUGCAGCAGCAUAUGGAACAAGUGAUUGGGCAGGCCUUGCUCCAGCAUGCCCGGCAAGAAGCUGCUAAGCAAAGCUCUGAGGAUGGAGAGGACUUCAAGGAGAGACUGAUAGAAGCAGCUGUAGAGAGUGUAUAUGUGACCAGCAAUGGUGUCAAUAGACUGGUGCAAUGCUACUACCAGCAAAUAGAAAAAAUCAUGGACGGGCAUGAAAACAGAAAACUUCAACAUCUGAAAUCCUUUCAGGCAGAAAGGACUGAAAAUAACAGACUCAGAAAAAAACAAGAAGAAAAUGAACAAACAUUGAAAGAAAAAAGGAAUCAAGGCACCCUGAACACGUCAUCUGCAGUCCAUCAAAGGAUGUUGUUACAACAACAAAAAUUCUUGGCUCAGUUUGAUGUGCAGCAGCAGUUUCGUCUGGACUCCCUAAAGCAGAAGAUACUGGUAUUGCGUCAUCUAGAAACACAGCUUGAAAAUCAGCUAAAGCAAGCAGAACAGGAUUUCAUCACUGAGCUAGCUGCAUUGGCCCGAGUUCCCCUCACAGUGCGCAAGCAGCCUUUAAAUAGGAGUGUACAAUCAGGAAAAAGCCUAAAAACAAAAAGGAAGAACUCCCAUUCCUGGGGAAAAGAGGAUUCUGGUGACUUCAAUGAAAAAUGACCAGAUGCCCCAGGAAGAGACUUCUGGAUCAGUCAGAAACAAAUUGCAGAGGCAGCAUGAAACUGAAAUUGAUCAAGGGAAGAAUUCAAAGAUGCAGAAGAAGAGGUGCAACAUGCAGUGAAAACAGUUCUCUGAAUUGUCUGUCAGCCUGAAUGUUGAGUCCCAAAGCAUUUUUCUGGACAGACUAAACUACUGUAAAUAUUUACUGAGCAGGAUCAUUGGAGAACAAAUAAGAACCUCAUUAAAAACUAAGAAGCCUUAUUCCACAAUUGUGAAGCAGUAUAAACAAAACUCCAACACAUGGAGAUACAGCAUGUAGCCAUCGUCCUUAAGCUGAUAAUGAAACAUUCCCACUUGGUUCUGUACAAAAGAACAGGAAGCCAGCUCUGUCCACCAGCUAGAGCUCUGAGAAAGGUUUCCUUUUUGUGAAAAGUAGCUGGAUUUGCAGAAAAUCUCUAGCUCGCUGAAAUCAAGAAAAAAAAGGCGGUGGGGGGACAGCACCUCCAAAAGGAGACCUUUUUAGAGCAGGGGGUGGGAGGGAGGGAGAAUAUUCUGACCCUUUGGCAAGCCAGGAUCCAGGAAUUAGAGUUCCAGAUUGGCACAAAAACUUUGCAUGGCGAUGGGUCUCUUUUAGAAAUCUGUGCCUUUAGGUUGAAUAAAGAUCUGAGAGUGGCCUCAAGCAAAUUCAAGCCCAUCAUGUUGGGCAGUGAUACAAGAAGGGGCCUCUUUCUGUCAGGGUAGGGAUGGGAAAUGAAGCCUGGAGAGAACAGACGUUAGAUCUGAAAGGUCAAACUACAAAGUAAACAAAAAUCAUUUGUAAGUACUGACUGAUAAUAAGCAGUAUUAGUUAACAGGAGACAGCAUUAAAAAUGAGGAGGAAACACAGCAAGGCCCUCAUUGCAAAAGUACUGUCCACUGCAGUUCCCAUUGAAUUCUUCUGAAAAACCAGGCAAACAUUUUCAAAAGAGAAUGCAGAAGCAAUGCACAUUCACGACUCCAGCUGAAGUCAGAUACUCAGGACCUAUGAAAAUCAGAUGGAGACAAUUGAAAACCUGACAAGUGUUUGAAUAUGAGAUGCUAGAUGAAAACUUAAAUUUAGGGGAAACCUGUGACAAAGUGACUUGUUCCCAUAGAAACUGAAGCAACUGACACUGUUACUAGAGAGGGCUCUGUUUGAGCAAUAAUAGUAGCCAGCAUUCAAAGCAACAGGUAUUUAAAGCCCAUGGUUACUGAGGUGAGAUGGCUGUUCAUUAGGGCAGCAGAGCCCAACCUCUCUCAUUGUAAGAAACAGAGCAGACACUGAUGGCAAACGUUUCCUUUUACAUUUCCUCCCGAAGUCCUUUCCUCAUCCAGGGGUACUGCAUUUAUUUAGCAGAACCUAAGGCGCUCAGAGGCCCUUUCCACCUAGCAUCUCAGGUCAGAUGCAUCUUUCUGAGUCAUUAAACAGCAAGAAAAAAAAAA